CACCGCUUUACUGCUUCAACGCUCCACCGCCACCGCCAACCGCCGCCGCGUUUCGCAAUGAGCUUCACACGCCAACUGUCCGAGAUGAGUGCCAGCGAACUGAACGACGCCAUCGACGACACCAACUUCCCGCAGGCCCACAUCCUGUCGCGCGGCCGCAACAACAGCGUCUGCUCAACAAGUAGCACCUCGGGCACCUCCUCCCUGGCGGACCGGGCCCUGUCGCAGCCGGAGGAGCCUGUUGCACCACAGCCAGGAUCCGAAUCCGCUGUGGGCACGCCCACGGAUGAGCUGGUGCCGAGCAGCGGUGGUGCCACAAAUCGUCCCCGCCUCAUACUGAAGACGAACGGCAGCAUUCCGGAAAACGACGGUACACAACCGACAACACCAAUGACACCGCGUACAUCGACAACGCCAGGCCACGAGAAAUGCACUUUCCACCACGACCUGGAGCUGGACCACAAGCCACCGACGCGCGAGGCUCUGCUGCCGGACAUGGCGCGCUCCUAUCGCCUUCUGCUGGGCGGCCUCGGCGAGAAUCCAGAUCGCCAGGGCCUGAUCAAGACACCCGAGCGGGCGGCCAAGGCCAUGCUGUACUUCACCAAGGGCUACGAUCAAUGUUUGGAGGAUGUACUGAACGGCGCAGUAUUCGAUGAGGAUCAUGACGAGAUGGUGGUUGUCAAGGACAUUGAAAUGUUCUCCAUGUGCGAGCACCACUUGGUGCCUUUCUACGGCAAAGUUUCCAUCGGUUAUUUGCCUUGCAACAAGAUCCUGGGACUGAGCAAGCUGGCACGUAUUGUGGAGAUCUUUUCGCGUCGAUUGCAAGUGCAGGAGCGCCUGACAAAGCAAAUUGCAGUGGCUGUAACUCAGGCCGUUCAGCCUGCAGGCGUGGCCGUUGUUGUUGAGGGAGUACACAUGUGUAUGGUUAUGCGGGGCGUGCAGAAAAUCAAUAGCAAAACCGUUACGUCGACAAUGUUGGGUGUGUUCCGUGACGAUCACAAGACUCGCGAGGAAUUCCUGAACUUAGUCACUAGCAAAUAGAGUGGGACGUGGGACAUGGAACGUGGAGAGAACAAGGAAUUGGAUAUCCGAAAUCAACUAAAUCCUACAAUAUUUUUGGAGGCGCAUACAUACUUACAAAACACAUACACACCUACAAUACAAUACAUACUAUACGAAAAGAGAAAAAGAAACACAGGGUCCACUAGUUUAUGUUUUUAGGAUUGAUUUUUCUUAGUUAGUGCCAAUUCUGCAGCCAUUUUAAUAGUUGACUCGUGUUGAAAAAUUGUUGAAAAAUUCUGUUAGCCAAAUACGUGUACCAAGAAAAAGGUAAGAUGGAUAGUACGCAGAAGAACAGAAUUUAAUGCUGGUGUUGGGUAGGAUUAUUUUGAAUUUAUGGCACUUUAACGAUGCGAGUGCAUCGCGCAAUAAGGGAACAACUACUGAUAAUAAAUCAACGCAAACGCAAACCGUUUAGGGAAUUUACAAUAUAAUCGUAUACAGAGUACGUAACAAGUAAUCGAAUACACCUAUAUACUCAUACCUGUAUUUAUAUAUACAUAUACAUAUACAUACAUAUGUACAACCUAAAAGUUAAAUUCAAAACUAUCGUGAAUAUUGGCGAUUUUAAAUGUUAAAACUACUCGUAAAUGCUCAUUAUGUUACAUGUUGUUGCUUGUAGUGAAUUGUAUUGAAUCGAAUCGAAGCUGCUUAUAAAUUAUACAAUAAAUUAUGUAUUUAAAUAUU